AUGCAUCAGAAGAACAACCAAGCUGCAGAGGCCUCGUCGGCCACAGUUCACGAUGACCACGAUGACGAUGAUGACGACAACCUCGAAGACCCCUUUGGCGACGGCGAGGGUGACUUGGACGAUGACUUGGACGAUGACAUGUCGAACAACCUGGGCCGUGGAGCAUGGUGGAGAGGCGUUGUUGGCAAGAGAAGCGGUUUGGAGGAUGAUGACUCUGACGACGAGGAGGAAUUUGGGGACUUUGCCAUGGCAGAGGAGGAAAAGAGUGGAGAGGGGCAGGACGAAGACAACGCGGUGCUGAAGCCUCUUGCCGUUCACCCGCCAAGGGAAAGUAGCCGUGGUUUGAGCGGCCUGUGGCCCUUUGGCUCGCGGGCGGAUAAAGACAAGAGCGGAGAGAGCAAGGACGAGCAGAAGGGCGAAGGCGAAGGCCCCGCGACGGAAGAGAGGGAUGACGAGCCUGAGCGGGCGGUAGAAGUCCGGGAGGCGCAGCGGAGGACGAGCAUUGAGGAUGAUGAUGACGACGAGGCCACCGUGGGGACGGAAUACGGUGCUGGUUUCAAGGACUAG